UCGCUCAAAAGAUCAGCCGAGUGCACGAUCGGCCGGGACCUCCAUCUUCGCGUUCCAUUAUUUGUUCUCAGUCUUGUGUGUGGUACUGUAGUUGUCGUGACGGCUCCACCUCAUGCGUCCUCGCGGUAGCUAGUUUGGUGUCGUCUCGUCGUCGUCGCGCGUGCGGUCAGUGCUGCGUGUGUAUAUAUUUGCCUGGCGUGUCCCUCCUCUUUCUCCUCCACCAUUUCCUCCUUCGUCAUUCUGCACGGACGCUUCAACACGGCGAGAAAAGUCUCGUCCACGAGUCAGUUGCGCGACGCUGACUUUUUGUGUCGAGUAAAAGAACUUGUGGAGGCGAGGGCGGGUCACGCAGGCUUUUCUGAAGGCGAGGCUGUGCUGCCUCCUACACUGCUGCUACUAUCGUGCAAUCGCUUCGUUGUUUUUAUAUGCACCAACCAUGAGCAAGACGUGCGCACGCUGUGAGAAAACGGUCUAUCCGAUAGAGGAACUUAAGUGCCUGGAUAAGAUAUGGCACAAACAAUGCUUCAAAUGCAAGGGCUGCGGAAUGACCCUCAAUAUGCGUACAUACAAAGGUUUCAAUAAAGAGCCAUACUGCGAAGCACACAUACCAAAGGCAAAAGCAACGACAAUGGCGGUGACGCCAGAGCUUACACGCAUUGCCGAAAAUACAAAGAUUCAGAGCAACGUUAAAUAUCACGCCGAGUUCGAGAAAGCCAAGGGAAAGUUUACUCAGGUUGCCGAUGAUCCCGAAACCAUAAGAGUCAAGCAGAACAGUAAAAUAAUUUCUAAUGUCGCCUACCACGGUGAACUUGAGAAGAAGGCCAUGAUGGAACAGAAAAGGACUAUGACCGGUGAAAAUGGCGAACAAAUUGAGUACGUUGAGUACACGGAUGGUACAAUUGCGCCGGCUAGUAGCGUGAACGCUAAUACCAACGUAAAUCCGCCAGCAGUGAGGAAAGCAGUAUCACCUGUUCAACGAACUCCCGGUAGAAUUGCUGACUACGAUCCACUUAACGAGGCAAGGCCGAGUCCUUACUCGUCGAGGCAAGGAGCUACCACUGUUAUUUACACGAGUGACAAGGGUGCCGUGACGAGUCCACCGACGAGGAAAAUCGGCUCGGUAGCCGACAUCGACCCAGUGAAUGAAUAUUACGGUUCGCUGACCCCCGCCACAAAUAACAACCAUGUCCCACAACACCAACCGCCCCCACCGCCCGCGAACGUGGGCCGUGUGUAUCGAGCUAUGUACGACUACGAGGCACAAGAUCACGAUGAGGUGAGUUUUUGCGACGGUGACCUGAUAAUAAAUUGCACGGCCAUCGACGAAGGUUGGAUGACUGGGGUAGUGCAACGUACCGGUCGUCAGGGUAUGUUGCCGGCCAAUUAUGUUGAACCAUUCAUCUUUUGAACGACU